AUGUACGCACAUCCUGAAUUAUUAGUAGUUGGGGAUACAACAGCUCAUAAAUCACCAUCAUUGUCAUAUCAAUUUCGACAUUUACAUAAUAAAAAUAUUCCUCAUUCCCAAUUUUUUGUAAAAAUUGACGUUAAACCUGUUGACCCUAAACUUGAACUUCCUACCGAUCCUUAUGUUUUAUCCGAAUGGGUACAAAAUUUGGGGAAUGCUGAUAAACUUGAUGAUGCCAUAAGUAUUGUUUGGCACUCGAAAAAAGAUGCACAGUCUGAAGUUGUAUGGAAUAAUUUGAUUGUUGAAUGCGUUAAAAAAAAGAAAAUGAAAAAACAUGGAUUCGUACCAAAUUAUCACACUUUCACCAUUCUUUUAAAUGGUCUCGCCGAACAUCGUCCAUUCGUAGAUAAUAUAGCUCAAGCUCGUUCUUUAAUUGAUAAAAUGCAAUCUUCUACUAAAGCAAAUCCGGUAGAAUUAAAUGUUUUUCAUGUGAAUUGUUUAUUAAAAUUAUGUGGUCGAUUAAAUAAUUUUGAAGCAUUACAAGGAAAUUUUAAUGAGAUGAUGAAUAUUGGUAAUUGGUCACCAAAUCAAGAAACUUUUACUAUAAUGUUAAAUUCUUGUGCUAGACAAGGAGAAAAAGGAUUCUUGGUAGCUAUACAAAUUUGGAAUCAUAUUAAUUCUAUUAUUGGAGGUCAUCAAAAGACCAUCCAAUCACAACGACCACGUGAAUCGGAUGGAUAUGGACCAGAUAAUGAAGGAAUUAAUUUAGUGAUGGAUGAUGAAUUAGUGAGAUCCAUGUUAUUAGUAUGUAAAAAAACCGAACAUUAUGAUAAAGGAUUUGAAAUCUUACGUGAUGUUUAUGGAUUAUCAUCAGCAACUUUGGAUCAUGAUGGAUCUUUAAAUUAUAAUAAAUCCAUGUCAUCAUUUACUAUAAGUUAUCAAUGUGCCAUGACAGAAAAAUCGGUAGAUAUUAUGUUAGCUUUAUGUAUUGGAUCUAGGCAAUAUGAAAAAGGAAUAUUAUUAUUUGAUGAAGCACUUACACGUGGAUUAGAACCAACUUUGGAAACUUAUGAUAUGUUUUUAACAGCUUGUCGUAUAACGGAAGAUUGGAUUACUGGUAAAGAAUUUUUUGAAUCUAUAAUAGCGACUAAAAAAUUGGAACUUUGUUUAGAUUCACAUUUAUUAAAUAUGAUAUUAGAAUUAGCAAUGUUAAAAAGGAAACCAGGAAAUAGUCCAAAGAAAAUUCGAUGGGUUUUAAAACAGAUUGAAUCUUUUGGACCUAGUAACGUAAUAAAAAGAUCUAAGAAAAUUGGAAAAAUAGGAGAAGAAGAAAUUAAAAAUAAGGAUAUGAGAUCAGCUUGGAGAUAUAUAGAUCAAUAUGUGGGUAAAGGAGGAAUAGAUCAAAAGGUAGCAAGAAUAUAUGAGGAAGAAGGGGAAUUUAGUGAAACCGGACGAACGGUGAAAGGAAGAUAUCCAAAAGCAUUUUUUGAUGAGAAUUAUAAUGAAUAUGAUGAUGCAAUUGUAGAUAGUUAUGUAGAUACGACAAAUGUUUCAGCAUUAAAAUAUCAAGUAUAUUCACUUCGUCAUGAUUUAGCAGAAAAGAAUGCAAUAUUAGCUACAGUUCAGAAAAAACUUAAUCGACAUCGACCGACAUAUCAUUCUUCAAAUAAUGAUGGAUUGGUUGGUACUGCCAUAAUGACACAAGAAUCUACUACAGGAAAAGUGAUUGGAAAUUUACAACAUGAAAUUGAAUAUUUGAAAAAAGAAGUUGCAGAUGCUAAAACUCAAAUUCAUAUAGCAAAAGUAGCUAGAGAUCGAGCAGAUCGUCAAGUUCAAGAUCAUGCGGCAUCACAUCAAACUUUAAGAUUAGAGAUUGAUACAUUAAAAAGAAUGUUAGAACGUAAAGAACGUAAUGUAAAAGAAUUAGAAGAAGAAACAAAAAAAAAUGAAUCCAAAAAAUUAGAUAUGAAAGUAGAACGAGAUCAAUAUAAUACAAAAUUAAAACAAUCCGAAGUUAAAGCAAACGAAUUAGAAAAACAAUUAAUAGGAAUAUUGGCUUGUAAAGAACAAGCGAUUAUGCAAAAAAAUUUAUUAUCGAAUGAAUUAGAAACAUUUAAGAAACGACAUGUAGAAGAUGUUGAAAUUAUAAAACGAGAAUUUAAAGAAUUACAAAUAACUAUGAAUUCAACAACUCAAGGAUUAGAUAAAGUAGUAGCGAAUUCAGGUUCAAGAAUAGAGGAUUUAACGAGUAAACGACAAAUUAAUGCAAAAGAAUUAGAAGAAAUACAAAGAUCAUUAGAAAAGAAUCAAGAAAAAUUAUUUAAUUUAUUUGAUAAAGAAUUAAAGAUAGUGAAAGAACAAGCAGAUAAAUCAUUUAAAAUAACAGAUGAAGAUACUAAAAAAAUGACUUCUAUAGAAAAUGAUUUGUCUGGAAGAAUGAAAUGGUUAAAAAGUAAACAGUAA